CUAUGGGUAUGAAACAUUGCAUACACUGUCAGAUUCCAUCGAUGGAUUGUUUAAUUUUGCUGAGCUGUUUUAAUCCUCUUUCUUGAUUUAUUCAAUGAUGAUUCACUGAAUAGGGAAUGGGAUAAGCACAUAUAUGGAUAUAAAAACAAAUCAUAUCAGUUCUUUAAAAUGUAAGUCUUUUUCUCUGCUGCUGUGCUGGGCUCAGGACAUUUUCCUAUAUCUGACUCCUUGCUUGUAGUAUUGAUCCUAGAGCUGUCAGUCUGGAAAUGUGGCUUUUACUGGGGUUCCACUCUUGGAGCCUGAUGCUCUUAUUCAAAAAUGGCUGGGGAGGGAAGAAAGGUGAAAGACUUGAUGUUUGUUUAACAGAGGAGAAAGUUACUAUCCUGUCUCCUAGUUUUCAGGAUGGGUGGGAGGGGAUUUCUUCCUUCUCUGCAACUCCCUUGUAAGCUCCACAAUAUCAAGAUGGACAACCACACUCUCCCCCAUUUCCCACCUGGAAACAAACCACUGAAAUGGGGAGGGGGGACAGAGAGACCGUGCAUAGUUUAGUCCUGAAAAGCCAAGCAGAAGUUGGACUGUGUCUCCCACAGAAGUUGGACUGUAUCUCUGGCCCCCUCCCAACUAUUCCCCUCCAUCCUCCUAGGGGGGAGGAGCCAACUGGACAGGCUACCUCUGUCCCUUUAAGAGAGAAGAGCACUCCAAUUCAUCCUCACUACUGUGUUCUCCCCCUCAUGCCGGCCAAACCCCAAUUGGAAAGGAAAGAUGAAAGAGUGAAAGGGAAAAUGAAAACCCAAGCAGGUCCCUUCCUUCUCCUGGCCUCCUGCUCCCCAGGUCCCUGACUGCCUUGGCUCAGGGAGCUACAGCUGCCUGGUAAGCAGAAGCGGGCAUGUAAGGUGGAGGGUUAGAUGGGGAAAGGCUUGAUGAAAGUCCAGGAAAAUUAAAUCUGAAAGUAUGGGAUGGACCCAAGAAGAGAUGGAGAGCUUGGUGAUCCAGGGACCCCAGCCAGGCACUGGGAGAGUUAGGCAAAUGGGGAUAAGGAAGCCAGAGUUGGGGAGAAGGGGAAGUGAGAAUAGGGGGAAUGGAGACAACACAUUCUACUAGGAGAGGGAUUCCAAGAGGGGAGCCUGGAGGACCGGGGACAUUGGGGAAAAGGGCUGGAACCAGGGAAUGUGAAGGGCGUCCUGGUUGGGACAAGUGUCAGUGUCACCAUCUGUCAACGUCACUGUCCCUCUACCCUCCAACCCUGAGCUGGGAUUUUUGUUCUUAACAGUAUUGGAUUGGGGAAAGGGAAUAGGAGUGAAAGAGAAAGGAAUUCUGGGGUGAGUUGGUAAACCCAGCCUAAAAACACCUGAUAGAAUUGACUCGCACUAGUCCUUCUGGCUUCUGGGAGAGGGCCGAGCUUGGGAAGUGUGCACCGUGGGAGCUGGGAGGGGAGGGGGGGGGGCCUCUCAGGGACGAAGUCUCCCACUCCAGCCACUCUAAGCACUCUCCCUCCCUUUGGCUCCUCAGGGUGCCCGGUGCCACCAUGGGGGAAUGGGCUUUCCUGGGCUCCCUGCUGGACUCGGUGCAGCUGCAGUCUCCCCUGGUGGGCCGCUUGUGGCUGGUGGUCAUGCUGAUUUUCCGAAUCCUGGUCUUGGCUACGGUGGGAGGUGCCGUGUUCGAAGAUGAGCAGGAGGAGUUCGUGUGCAACACGCUGCAGCCCGGGUGUCGCCAGGCUUGCUAUGACCGGGCCUUCCCUAUCUCCCAUUACCGCUUCUGGCUCUUCCACAUCCUGCUGCUCUCUGCUCCUCCCGUGCUGUUUGUUAUAUACUCCAUGCACCAAGCCAGCAAGUGCCCUGGACCCCCAGGGGAUGGCGAGAGGGAGCAGGAGGAGGGGGAUGGCGGCCACGGGCAGCACCUGGCGGGUCCCCGGGCCCGCCACUGCUACCUGCUGAGCGUAGCACUGCGUCUGCUGGCCGAGCUCGGCUUCCUGACAGGGCAGACGCUGCUGUACGGCUUCCAGGUGGCACCCCACUUUCUGUGCACCCAGACCCCUUGCCCCCACACCGUGGACUGCUUUGUCAGCCGGCCCACAGAAAAGACAGUCUUUGUGGUCUUCUACUUUGCAGUGGGGCUUCUCUCGACACUCCUCAGCGUGGUCGAGCUGCUCCACCUCUUCUGGAAGGGGCGACGGAGCCGGGACAAAAGUCUCCUGUGGUCAGGCAAGGGGGGCACACUUGAGAAAGACAACCAUUGUAACCAGGAGCAGGAAGAAGCCCAGAAGCUUCUGCUGCCACUCUCCCCACCAAGAAGGGCCUCUCCCCUGGGUCCUGCUCUGGACGCCCCACCUGCCUAUGCCCACAAGCUGCCACAGGGAGCUGGCAGUGAGGGCAGCAGCAGCAGGAGCAAACCCUCACUGUCCAUGGUCAGAGAGGACCUCACCAUCUAAAGAAACUCUUAGGUGGGAGAAUCUGGGGGGUAGGGGAAUGAAGAUGUGGGAACAGGCCAACCUCUGUUCUGGAAGAUCAAAAGCAGGAAGCACGUGGCUGGGUAGAAAGGAUCCUGGAUACAAAGCCAGGAAAUCUGCAUUUAUUUCAGAUCUUGUCUCCCAUGUGUAGUGUGAUCUUGAGCCAUUCACUUUCCGAUCUGAGUGCGAGCUUCCUCCUCUAUCUAAUGAUGGGGAAGGGUAUUUAAGG